GAGGACCGUCGUUUCGACAGCAACAACAAGAAGAAGAAGACUCAUCGCAAAACCAUCAUGGCGGGAGAUGACUUGUCAGGGGCAUUGCUCGCAUCAUCGAUAACGGUCAUUUCUCUUACUACGGUGUUUAUUGGUACUCGCUUAUGGAUCAGAUCCAGCCUGAAGACGAUUGGUACAGAUGACUACUUGAUUACAGCAGCAUGGGCAUUUUUGACAGGACUCUGUACAUGCACAAUUCUCUCUGCGAAAGUGGGAUUCGGGAAGCAUAUGAAUGAAGUGUCGAACCAAGAUCUUCAGAAAUUCCUCAGAUAUACGACAGGAUGCUCCGCGACCUUUAGCAUUGGUAUCGGCUGUGCAAAAUCGUCAUUCGCCGUGCUAUAUCUUCGAAUUAACCCUCAGCCUGUUCUUCGGAUCCUUAAUAAAUGCCUUAUUGUCUUCCUAGCAAUGCAGGCUAUAGAGGAAGCGCUCAUUGUUAUCCUUCAAUGUCGGCCUGUUAUGGCAGCUUAUGUAGUACCCCGUCCAGCACACGCCAAAUGUCUUGAUCUUCGUGUUCUCUGGUGGUGUACGUUUGUAUUCAACAUGUGUACCGACUUGUUCCUCUUUAUCCAACCUAUUCCUGCGAUGUGGAGGUUGCAUCUUCCUGUGGCAAAGAGGCUGGGUUUGAUUGCCAUGUUAUCCCUUGGUUUAUUGGUUUGCGUCACUUCGAUUAUCCGCAUCAUUUUUGUCACUCGAAUUGGACCCGAUGCUACUUAUGAAUUCGCCGAGCCCAUGAUAUGGUCCCAAGUUGAAUUGGCCUCUCUCGUCGUAUGUUCCACAAUCCCAUGUCUUCGCCAGGUCAUUCAAAAGGUCCCCUGGCUCAACCAUGCCUUGGGACUCUCGAGUGGCCGAAGAAGCUCGAAUAACUACUAUGGAUGGAGCGGCUCCAAGAAGACAGGAGGAUCUAUCCCGCUCAAAAGCUACAACCAGAACCAUAAGGAUGGCUACCUACAGAGCAAGUCAAAAGGCAACACCGCAUAUGGAUUGACGAGUCACGCUAUUGGCGGUGCACAUACCAAGAAUGAUAGCAUGGAAGAAAUUUUCCCAUACAAAACCGACGGCAAUGGUGCUAUUUUGGUUACUCAUGAGAUGACUCGAGAUAUCGAGUCACAUACUUCCUCAGCAGCACCUUCGAUAGCACAUGUCGACGACUGCGAGAUAGGAGAUAAUAAGGGGACAUGAAAAGGGGACCGGGCUA